AUGGGAGAAGCUAGAAAGGGCGAGCACCGCCCUAUACAGACCAGCGCCGUUAUCGUUCUCAACGGCUCCAAGCGCCCCAUCACACGGCCACCGUCGCCGCCGACGCCGUCCGUCAUAGCUGCCGACAACGCGGCGUCAUUCACGGAACCGCCCGAACCGUUCCAGCUGGCCGGACAGCACAUUCCAUAUAGACCAACUACACCAUAUACAGCGUCGCAAAGCGCCCACGACCCAGGAACAUACAUUACAGCCGAAGAUGAGCGACACAAGGAUGCGCAUCUGCGUGACGGGCUGCAUGUGAUGCGCACCGAAGCGCUCACGCUCGCCAACCUGACCAAGCUCUACGAGACGGAUGCGCAGGCGCAGAACGGAUUCCACCAAGCCGUCGUGGCCAUCACGCGGCAGACCGCCACGCGCGGCAAGCUCGUCAUCAUCGGCGUCGGCAAGUCGGGCCUCAUCGGCAAGAAGCUCACGGCCACGUUUCAAAGCCUGGCGGUGCGCGCCGUCUUUUUGCACCCGACCGAGGCGCUCCACGGCGACCUGGGGCUCGUCGGUCCCGACGACACGCUGCUCUUCAUCACCUACUCGGGGUCCACGCCCGAGCUGCUCGCCGUGCUACCGCACCUCGACGCCGCGCUACCCACCAUCCUCAUCACGUCGCACACGCGGCCCGAUGCCUGCGAGCUGGCCCGCCGGCGGCCGGGCACCAUUCUCGUGCCCGCACCCGUGCACGAGCCGGAGCGCGCAUCCUUUGGCGUCGCCGCGCCGACAACGUCCACCACGGCGGCGCUCGCCCUCGGCGACGCCCUCGCCCUGACGGCCGCGCGCGAGCUGCACCCCGACGUUGCCGCCGCAUUUGCCAAGAACCACCCGGGCGGUGCCAUUGGCGCCGCCACCGCCGUCGCGUCACCACCUCUAUCACCACCGCCGUCCAAGAAGAAGGCGCUGCUCGUCCCGCCGCCCGCCGUCACCCUCCGGCACAUUGCCGUCGGAUGGGAGCAUGUCCACGACGCCAGCCACCUGCGCGCCGACAGCCCCGCGGCGAGCUUGCUGCGCGUGGGGUACGCGUCCAAGCACGGCUGGGUGCGCGUGGGCGAGGCCCUGGCUGCGCCGCGCCGUCUGCGCGGACUCCGCGACGAGGACCUCCUGGAGCCGCUCGGCAGCCUGCUCGUCUCGUGCCACGACUUGCUGGCCAUGUCGGCCGAGACGACGGUGCGCCAGGCUCGUGACAUCCUCCGCGGGACGGGCGAUGCGGUGGGAGCUAGCAGCAGCAGCAGCAGCAGCAGCGGUGUAGGGAUGGGCGAGGAUGGCGAGGCCAUGGAGGCCAUGAUUGCGGUGACGGAGAAUGGCCGUAUUUGCGGUGUUUUGGAGGUGGCGCAGGUGCUGGAGCAUCAGGACUAA